CCGCCCCAUCCGGGAGCCAGAGCGGGCGGGAUGCUGCGGGCCGGGCGGAGGCUGGGGUCGCUGGGGGCCCGGCUGGGGUCUGUGUGGCGAUGGGCCCCGCCGUCCCGUCCCAGGGCCCGGGCAGCCCCAGGGCCCCACCCCUGCUGCCCGGAGCCCGCCUGGCCUCGCAGGCUCUGCAGCGCCCACGGGCCGGGCGGCGCCGUGGGGCAGGUGGAGGCCACGCACUACCGGCUGGUGUACACCUGCCAGGUCUGCAAAACACGGUCAGCAAAAACGAUUUCCAAAGUAGCGUAUCAUAACGGGGUGGUGAUAGUAAAGUGUCCUGGUUGCAAGAAUCAUCACGUCAUAGCAGAUAACCUGGGAUGGUUUUCAGAUUUGGAGGGGAAAAGGAACAUUGAGGAAAUCCUAGCAGCCAAAGGGGAGAAAGUGAGACGUGUAGUUGGCGAGGAUGCCUUGGAACUGCUCCCAGAGAGGACUGCAGAGACAGAGUCGCAAAACCACCACACAGAGGGAGAAGGUGGGGAAAGGUCCUCGGAGUCUGGAGACAAGGGAACAACCUGAUCAACAGAGUUCCCUCUGCUCUGCGUUUGGCAGAGAAAUGCUUUGCCAUCUCUCUCCCCCUUUCAACUUUGUGUUUUGUUUUUUUUAAUAAAUUCAGGAUC